CCUCACAAUGGCACAACCCAGCAAUCCUCCUACUCCGCUAGAAUGGGUCACAGUCAAAACGACACGCCCCAAAACCCCCUACCCUCCCAUGUCCACCCGCCAGCCCAUCCGCACACAACGCCUCAUCCUCAGGCCCUACGCCGCUACAGACCUCAACGACUUCCACCUCCUGCGCAUACAGCCCGAAGUCAUGAAGUGGACAUCCCAAGGCAAACCCGACCCGGACCUGCAGCACACCGAAAAGAUACUCGCAAACAGGCUGCCGGGGACCGACGGCGGCGAGGCGGCGUACGAGUUCGCCGUCUGCUGGGCCGAGACGGGCGAGAUGAUUGGCACGGCAGGCUCGCACAUGCGCGAGGGCGAGCUCGGCUGGCCCGUCAUUGGAUACAUGCUCCGCUCCGAGUUCUGGGGCAAGGGCCUGGCGACGGAGCUCGUGACGGCGUUGCUCAAGGCGUAUUGGGCGCUGCCCCGGGAGGAGGUCGAGAUCAAGGUGGAGAGGAGCACGGUGGAGGGCAGCGAGGAGGAGCCGCAGCCGGAGCGGAUCACGGCUGUGACGCUGGAUUCGAAUGGGCCGAGUCAGAAUGUGCUGCGGAAGCUGGGCUUUAGGUUGGCGAAGACGUGGGAAGAGGAGGAUCCUAAAGACCCGGGUGUGAUGGAGCUGCUGUAUGGGUUCUGUCUCCAAACGCCGAAUGUGUAG